AUAAAGAUCAACAAAUUAAAGACCUUGAAGAAGAAAUAACUUAUUUUACUACAACAAUAGAAGAUCUUAAUAAUCAAUUGAAUGAAACCGAAAAAAAAGUAAACGCCAUUGAUGAAGAAAUGUGGAAAUCAGGACUACCAAGUUCCGAUGUGAACUCCUGCAUUUUUAUACUCUCCAAAAUCCGUAACACUAAAUCUUGUACUGAAAAACUGGAGGAAAUAGAAUGGAACGAUAUCAAAACUCAAUAUGAGAAUUCUAAUAAAAAAGAAUUCAUUAAAAAUUUCAAAGAAAACUGGUUUUCAAAACACCCAAAAAAAACUUCAGAAGAGAAAGGAUAUACUCUCGAUGAAAAUGUAAGUAACGAUGUUGAAUUCGCUGAAUUAAUUAAAAAUAAAGCAACCGUUCUUGCCAGUGAUAAUGAUAGCGAUGCGAGUGAAGACGAUACCGAAACCAAAAAAUACCCCACAGUUAACUUUGAUAAUUUAUCAAAUCGCAUACUAAAACUUAAAGACAUACUUCUUAAAAUUGCUAAAAAUGAAGAUGUAGGUUAUUUCCAUCAAUUAGCAGUGGAUAUCAUCACUAACGUUGGUGUUGCAAAAUCUCACACUCUUAUGAUACAAUACAAUACUUUUAAUCAACUCAUGCCUGGUUAUUACGGACCAAAAGGUUUGAUUAUUAUAUUCGAAACGUUAAAAGAAAUAUUUAUGGAUAUUAUAUCAAACCACUGUGCACCACAAACAGAAUUCCAAUUUCUUCAUGAUGUUCUAGUCCCUGAAACUACCGUUCGACUAAUUAUAGAAGUUAUGGACCUCAAUGUAGAUAUGAUGAUGCGAGAAAUAUUAUGA